AAUAUACGCAAGUUAGUUAAAAUUUAUACAAUACACAAAACACGGCUGUUCGCAACGCCAAAAUGACUUCGCGCAAUCUAACGGAAGUUUUCGUUAUCAUGCGCAACAAUGCCAGCAAGAAUCGAAAUCAUUAUGACGAUCGGCGUGGCAGCGAUUCGGAGCGUUUGCUCAAGCAUACCGUACGCGAGGCCGAGGAGGGCCUCGAGAUGCAGGAUGACUACGGCACGCCGCCCGUGUGGCUGGAUAAAUUCGAGGAGGCCCAAUACACCAUGUCCAAAAUCAAGCCCAAAUUGGAUGAGCUGGGCUCGCUGCAUGCGCGCCACCUGCUGCGACCCACCUUCGAUGACCAAAGAGACGAUGAGUGCGAAAUUGAGGUUUUGAGCCAGAUUGUGGCCAAGCUGAUCGCCAGCGCCCAUCGCCACAUACAGUGCGUACGCUCGAGCCUGGGCGUCGGCAGCAAAGUCGAGCAGCGACUGACAGCCAAUGCGGUGCACUGUGCCCUGCUCCAGCUGCAGGAUCUGACUGUCAAGUUUCGGAGCAGCCAAAAUGCAUAUCUGCUGCAGCUAAACUCACGCGAGGAGCGCUCCCAAAAGUACUUUGACAACAACGAGUUUACCAAUGUCGAACUGGGCAACUUUGGCAACGGCGAUCCCAACGACGAGCCGGCCAAUUUUGUGGACACAUUUGACAACUUUCUGCAGCCUCUGGAUGGGUUGGGCACAGCUGGUGCUGGCGCUGGCAGCAGCCUGGGCAGCAAGAGCAAUGCGAAUACGUAUCUCUUUGAGGAUGAUGAGCAGGAGAUCGAUGAUCAUUUCAAGAAGCCGGUGGCAAAUCGCUUGACACAACAGCAGCUGCUGCUUUUUGAGGAGGAGAACUCACGUCUGGCCGAGCAUCGCGAGCGUGAGGUGACCAAAAUCGUCAAGUCCAUAUACGAUCUCAACGAUAUCUUCAAAGAUCUGGGCCAUAUGGUGCAGGAGCAAGGCACCGUACUGGAUCGCAUCGAUUACAAUGUCGAACAGACGCAGACACGCGUCUCCGAGGGUCUGCGCCAGCUGCAGCGUGCGGAAAUGUAUCAGCGCAAGAAUCGAAAGAUGUGCAUCAUUCUCGUGCUGGCCGCAGUCACCUUCCUCAUGCUGCUGCUCCUGAUCCUAACCAAGCUGUAGGACAGGUAUAUGUAUAACUUACACAACUAGUAGCCCGCCCCAGCCAGCAAAUAUUCCCCCUUUUUAUGUGUAGUUCAGUUCCCUGUGUAUAUUGUAAUUGUCCAAUGUAAAAUAUAUGUUUUAUUUAUUUAUAACGAUUUGCUGCGAACUGCUAACCCUUGCAAGGUUCCAUCUGGGAACCCAUUUUAGCUCAUGUUCUUUGUCUAAAUACUAAAAACGUGUGUCUCUUGAAAAUGAACUAGAAUCGUAGUUAAACGCUUACCGUUAUAUACAUUUUCUCCAGUUCCACAAUUCGUCAAAUUCAAUUAACCUGUCCAUAUUUAAUACUAAUUUCGUUUUCAAGCUUUACAAGCUUUAAAUAUUGACAAUUUUUCCGCAAAAUUCCACCUGCUAGCGUGGAAAAUUGAUGGUUUCUUACUAUUUAACCAAUUAACUUCAGAUAUUUGAAAUUUAUUCACGGAUAAGUUUAAAGUUAUCAACUUGGUGCGGGCAACGUAUUCUCAUUUUACUCUCUUAAUUCACCAAGUUUUUCAUUUAUUUUAUAGCUCUCUCUCUCUCACCAAUUCAGUGCCCAUUAAAAACUAAAUUGUUAAUAA